AUGUCUUUGCAAGCGUCAGCACACGUCGAGCAAAGAUGGGUUACUAUUCUCAUUAUUGUCUCUCUCUUUGGUCUCAACCAGUGUUAUGAUCCCGAACAUCCGAUUGGGCUAGAAAGAUGCUUCAAAAAGUUUGAGGGAAAGCCAUGGCAACUCGAGGUCUUGUGUUGUGUCGAAGAUCCUUCUAACUGCUUCCCUGGAUUCGAAACAGAAAAGUGUAUCGAAUGUCCGCCCCUACGCAAAGGUGACGCACCAUCCCCUUCGCCUGGUGCAGCACCAGGUCCUAUAUAAAUGCUCAUUUGAUGGACCAUGUUCCUUUGAUGUCAUUAGUUAAUGAUCCAUGUAUUUUUCAGGAUGUUUGACAUUUUAUAAUAAAGUCUAAAAAUAUGCUCAAGGAUGUUAAGUAAACAAAAAAUAUAUUUAUAAAAUAGUUAAAACAUUCUUGGUCUGUUGAUAAACGAAGAACUGGUUUGAUCAGUAUGACAAGCUUUAGGAUGUCAGAUUGACUUUGGAUGCACAUGAUUAUCCUAUGGUUUCUCUCACCAAAAUGAGAUGUUCAUUGUAAUAAAUCUUUGUUCAAGGCA